CGUAGUCUUUAACAUUGGGCGUGGCUUCCUGAUGCUUUUUUUUUAUUACUUCCGUGCAGCUCAAUGCGGAAGAGAAAACAGGGAGCUCAGUAUUCCUGACGAACUUGACCAAACCUGAGGCAAGUUUGCAAGGAAGUUUGUGCAAGAUCUGAGGUGUUUGAAUUGUUGGGUCAAAAAACAGCCAUGUGGCCAAAUCAAGGUCCUCCCCAUCCGGUGGGCCCACCAAACCCUGUCUAUCCUCCUGGUUACAACCCUGCAUAUCCUGCUGCACCUGCACCAGGAGUCUUCCCCCAGCCUGGCCAAUACCCAGUUGGUCUGAACCCACCUCCCAUGGUACCCAAUGCACCUCCAGGGGCAAUGCCUUAUGGAGCUCCAGGACCUCAACCUUAUCCUAUGGCUCCAGGUGGAUAUCCAGCAUGCCCACCUGCAGGUGUUUACCCAGGUCCAUACCCACGCUCUCCAAAACAGGGUCACCACAAAGGUCAUCAUCAUCAUGGAGGAGUAAAUCCCAUGACCGGAGCGUUAGCUGGAGGAUUGGCAGGAAUGGGAGUGGGGUUGGUCGGACAUAAAGCCCACAAAAAGAUGAAGAAGAAGAUGAAGAAAGCGCAUAAGGUGCACAAACAUGGGCACCAUAAACAUGGCAAGUCCUCCAGCAGCAGCAGCAGCAGCAGCAGUGACUCAGACUGAGCUGUGGUUUAUUACAAGGAUUUCACAAGGGCACCCUGACUAUUAACAAUAAUAAACACUGAAAAUUCAUACUUUUAACAGGUUUCUGUGAAAAUGCGGUGUUUUCUCAUAUCUAGCAUGGAGUCUAUAUACACUAGAAAUAUGUGCAUAAGGUGUUGCCUGUUAGCAUCUCUGCAGUGUUUUGGCUGUAUUGUCAUUCCAUUUUGUCUUUUCUUUUUUGCCUUUUUAUUUUUUUUUAAUGGUUUGUGGUUUAUGUUCUGUACACUAGUGUAUAAACAUCUUGAAAUAAUUUGUUGAGAAUGUGCAAUCUUUCAAUUUAGACCUACUGUUUUUUCUUUGUUUAUUUUCUAAUUUUAUAUUCACUGUUGCAUAUGACUGCAACGUUAUUCUACAUUGCAUUUAUCUACACUAAACCUAAUUAUGUUUAAAGGAUCUUAAAUUAAUCCUGCUCAUUAAACUGAUACAAAUGAAA